AUGCCACUCUUUGAGAAAGCAAAAACCAAUCAAGAAUUGUUGAAGGAGCAAAAGAAGGAACUUCGUUCUGGUACUCGGGAUAUGGACAGAGAGGCUAAUAAAUUAAAAACAGAAGAGCAAAAGCUUCAAAUUCAAGUAAAGAGGGCUCUUGAGAAAGGAGAUCAGACAACUGCCAAAACUCUUGCUAAACAAAUUGUAAAUUUAAGAAAACAACAAGAACGAAUGGGAAAGAUGAAACAAACAAUGAAUACAGUGCAGUUCAAAGCAACAUCCAUGCAAGCACAAGAUAAAAUGGUUGGAGCUAUCAAGGCAACUGGAAAUGUCAUGCAAAAGAUGAAUCAACAAAUGAAUCUUCAAGAUAUGCAAAAGACAAUGAUGGAAUUCCAACAGGCACAAGAAAAGACAAGUAUGACUGAAGAAAUGAUGGAUGAUGCUUUGGAUGAUAUGUUCCAAGAUGAAGAGGAAGAAGUAGAUGAAGCAAUGGAACAAAUUUAUGAUGAAAUUGGAUUGGAAGUGAGUGGAAAAUUAUCAGGUGCCAAGACUGGAUCUUCUGCUCUAAAAGCUUCACGAAAAGAAAAGGAUUUGGAUGAAAUUGAGGAUGAUGACGAAUUAAUGAGACGAGUUAUGAAUUUGAAAUAA